UCUGGUAGUAGCGUAACACACUUGUUAGCUACGUGUAGAAUGCAGUGACCAUCUAGUUGCUUGAGCGCCAUCUAGGAAGCCCCUGUGAGCUGGGGGACGAUCGAGAGACUUCACAGGAAUAGAAGAACGGCCUGUCCGGUGCCUGUGUUGGUUGCCCGUUCUGCUGCUUUGCUGUACGCUCUGCUGUUAUUAUUAUUGUUGUCGUCUUUCGCCUCGAUUUGCCUGCCGCCACCGCCGCUGCUGGCGCCGACCGACAAUGGUGUGCGUUUCGCGCUCCGUUCCAUGAGCGCCAGCUCUGCGAAACUGUGGGACAUAGGAGCUACCUGUGCAGUGUAGUGCGUCCUGCGAACUGGAUGCUGGCUGGCGGUAGGUAGGUCGACAAGAUCACAUCAAAAGUUAUAUCAAAAGUAAUAACAACCUCGAUUAUCUAUCAGCGUUCGUACCGUUUCGUCGUAUAUUGAGCUCGCGAUACUUGCUGUGCUUGUUCUUGUUUGGAUAAGUGUGUCUGAUUGUGCGCAAUCAAGUGGAAUCACCCUCUGCGAAGCGACGGCCAGCUAAUGUGUGAACGUGUCGACAGCGUGUUGUUAUACGUCGUUUAUUGUACACCACGCAGAAAGAUUCAGAAAGAGAAAACCGUUUCUGGUUGUCGUUUUGUUUCGUGAACUGUUUCUGUUGCUGGUGCUGAUUCUUCGUUUGCCAGUGUCACCCUAUUUGCUACUGCGAUCACCACUGCUGUUUCGUUGUCAACGCUGCGGCCGUCUCGAUUGACCACCGUCAGCGGCCACUUACCCAGCAACUGCGGCUAUCCGGCCAUGUCUUCUCGGCAGUGUGUGCGCACAACAACAACAACAACAACGACAACGCCAACAACAACGACGACGACGACGACAACGACGACGACGGCGGCGGCGGCGGCGACAACAACAACAGCAACAACAACAACCACCUUCUACAAUAGAGAGUCGGUGAUCUUAUCUGGUGUGUGAAAUAUAGAAAGUGAAGCCCGCGGCCGGAUGUUAGCGCCAAGGUUUCAGCUAGAGGUCGGCAGUCGCUUGGAGCUUGAGGAGGCCGGCGUAUGGUAUCCAGUUCGCGUGAUCCGUACAGAUUCCGACAGAGUCUUGGUGCAUUUCGAGGGCUGGAGUCCACGACACGACCGAUGGAUUGAUCGAGAAAGCAGAAAUAUUCGAGGAAGGCGACGACAGAUGAUGACCCGGAAGAAGCGCUCGGCAGUCCCGUCAGCGCCUACCAGUGAAGAUGAAACCAAGAGUAAGGACAAAGAUCGGGACAAGGAAAAAGAGAAAGACAAAAACAGUACAGCAAUAACUGCGGCGCCACGUGAGCGACGAUCGACAACAGCGGCGGCCUCGGCAGCAACAGCUGCAGCAGCCCAAAAUCAAUCAUUUGAUAACACUGCGAAGGAUAAAGAUAACGGCAGGGAGCCCAGCAAUAGUAAUAAGGAAAGUCGCACGGGAGGUGGAUCAACUACGCGGACGAGCAGUGGUGCAUCCCAGCGAAGACUGAGUGGCCUCAUCGGUAAUCGUCGAUCAGGACAACAGCUGAAGGUUGGAGGAGUGUUCCGAGCAGGAAUUCGACGAACUCCUAGAAAAUCAAUAGAUCAAGUCCAGGAAAAGGAAAAAGAACUUUCACCUUCAAAGGAAAAGGAUACCAAGGACGCGCUAUCUGCUCAGAAUGAUAAGGCUCGACUACACGAUUCAAAAGAUUCGAGGGCUACGAGACCUAUGCCCGAGGCACAGAUCACAGUUAAUCCACCAACCACUGCACCGCCGGUUGGCUGGGCCUACGAAGUAGUCACGAAGGCAGAGGAUCUUGUUCCAAAGAAGGCCUUCACGAUUAAUGAAGACCACAAUGAAUUUAAAUGUUCCCGUCCAAACUGUAAUAAAAGCUUUCGUAAAGAGAAGCUCCUUGCAAGCCAUCUUAAGCAUUAUCAUAAUCUUCCCGAGACGGGUGAAUUAUCCCAACAAAAGCCUCAGUCACCAAAACGCGGAGCUAACGAAGCAAGCUCAAGUGAAGAUCAGCCUGCCGCCAAACGACGUAGGGGGCGAAGAAGCCGAAACGAAAUCGAAGAGGCUUUGCGAAAUAAGGAACAGCAGGAAGCGAUUGCCAAGGCUAAACAAGCACAGUCCGGGAUAGGAGCAUCCGCUAAGGAGUCGAAGGAUAUGGCAGCUGAUCUGGGAACCGAAAGCUCUUCUUCGACGGAUAUCUCGAAUGCGACGAUUGUUGAUCACCAGCUUGAUCAAGUCGAACCACAGCAACAAACGACUAAUGUACCAGACCAAGGCUCCAUUCUGGCCGGUCAACAUGCAACGUGCUUAGCUACCACAGUGACAACUCUUAUAACUUCCGAAGUUACCGCGCCGUCAACACCUAUAACAACACUUUCGACAACAACAACGCCCGCAGUCCCACCAAAGACUCCUCUUUACGGCCGUGUUGGUCAAAAUCGGUUCGUUCCCAUACCGGAGCCGUUGGUUUUGGGUCGCGAGAAACGAAAAGUGGUCAAAACCGAACGCAUGCAGGAGGCAGAAGGGGUACUCCUACGGCGUACGACACAACCCCGAGCCAACACUGCCGCGAGCCACGGAGACGUUCUUGCACGCGACACAGCGACAAGUCAAAAAGAACACCACAACAAUCGAGAUCGCCGACGCAGGAGCCAUCCGGAGUCACACAUACAAACGAAGGAGAAGUCAGUGGAAGAGGCCGCAUCCCAGGCAGAUGAGACGGUCGAUGUGACACUCAAACAUGAUCAGGCUGUUUCAGACGAUGAUGGAGCGACAACGCCUGGUGCAGAAAAAUCCGGUGGACAGCAUUUUUGCAAUACAAACACGUCUCCGCACACGUCGCAUUAUCGGCUUCCACAGGAUAGUUUCGUUGAAAAGGAUAUGGUGCAUUGUAUGUGUGACGUUGACGAGGAGAGCGGCUUGAUGAUGCAGUGUGACAUCUGCCUUUGUUGGCAACACGGAAGCUGCUUCGGUAUUGAAAAUGAGCAGCUGGUUCCAGAGCGUUACGUAUGCGUUGCAUGCUCUAAUGCCCGGCGUGUUUGGGCCUCUCAGGCUCAAAAACAAGCAGCUUUCCGAGCGAUGACAGAGGGACGGUUACCUGGUCUUGCUCCGGGGUUGCCGAUAACUCCGUCGCCACGUUUCAUUAAUUUAGCACGCGUAGCAGAAGUAAUGGCCCGUUUAAAACGUGGAAUGCAGGGUGUGGAAAGGCGGGUGAUGAGGAUCGCCCACGACUCAAAUAUUCCUGCUAUGGAGAAACGGAUCCUGCUCGCGGUCGCAGCAGGCGAUGUGGAACGUGCUCACCGUCAGUUGGACGCGUGUGAACGAAUUGUAGAAGCCAUCGAUCGUCUAGCAGGUGACGGUGGGGCGUGCAGUGGCACAAGUGAGGCUCUAAUCCUUCGGAGCACAGUUAAAAGCGUGCUCAAAGACCUAGCAGCUGUACAACGGCUGACCUUGUAUAAGUAAUAUGUCAUGCAAAUCUAAUCGCCUCCGUUAAUCUGUAGCCACAUUGAAUGCGUAAUGUAUAUAUUCGGUAAUACAUGAAUCAAUGAGCCUCUUGUAUAGGCUACUAUACAACAGGAUGCGCAUAAGAUUGUUUUUUCGGGUUAGAUAAAUGUGUGAAAAAACUGCGACAAGCAUGACAAAGGCUCAGCUAAACUUGAGGCAUCGUCGUAUGUAAGAAAUUGGAUGGCAUUAGCGGCAGUCAAACAGGAUGAUCGUUGUGCAGUUCUGUAGUUGGAAAAUUAAUUAUAAUGUAAUUAAAUUUAGCUGUCAAUUUUCAGUUGGUUCUUUUCAAAAUGCAAGGAAAUCGCGCAAUGCAGCAUCAUGGGCAUGAUCUUGUUGGAUACAAUUAAAUGUAGUAGUAAUAGCAAAUUUGUUGCGAUGAAAAACUGGACCGAGAACUCUUAUAAAGGGUUAUUGAAUGACUCAACGUUGAAUGAAAUGAGAUAGUAUCUAUAGUUAAUUAUGUAACUAUUAUGAAGGAUAAGAAGUGCCACUAAUUUAGAUGUUUGUGCGUAGAACAAUUAUCGUAUUACACUGACUACAGGUGAAUGACACCUGUUUCUUGUGUCUGUUGAACGGGAGUGAGAGCUAAUGUCAAACGAAGAAAGAAAUUUGAAAAUUAAAUUGAAAUGACAUCUGCACUCAAGAGGAAUUGUUGUAAAUAAAUGAAAAUGGCUUCGGCUUUAUUGAGUUCCUA